UGUCUGCCCGCCCGUUUGUACGAGCGUUUAAACAGUUGUUGACCUUGAUAGCCAUAAUGCAGUUUGAAUAUGACCCCGAACGUCUCAUAGAUGAGGUGAAGAAACGACCUGGCAUAUGGGAUUUUGAAGAUUUGGAAUAUCGAGCAAAGAAUGGUAGACACAAGUUAUGGAAUGAAAUAGUCACUGAACUUAUGCAGAACGAUGUAAAACUAUCAAAGAGCGAGAUGCGAGAACUUGAACUUCAACUUCAGAAGAAAUGGAAAAGCAUCCGGGAUUGCUUUCAAAAAUACAUUGCAAAUCCAAAUAGAACCAGGAAACCAUACAUUUAUUUCAAACACUUACAAUUUUUAUUAAAAAACCAAUCCAUUCCUGAAAAUAAUGAAGGUGAAGCCUCGAGUGAAUCCGAUGAAGUUUUGAAACCUAACAGAGCAACAUCAUCGUGGAGAUGCAAAAGAAAAUUAAAAAUAGGAAAAGAAGAAGAUCAGAGCUCAGAAGAUGACAAUGAGGAAAUCGGGAAUCAUGAAGAAUCCAGAGAAUAUUCAAAUGACGAUGUUGACGUUUUAGUUACUUCAAAAAUACCUAAAAUUAACAAACCCGAUGAAUUUGCGUUUGCGAGUGUCGACACUUCCACAAAAACCGAACCAGAUGAUUCUGACAGAUUGUUCCUUUUGUCACUGUUGCCUCAUUUAAAGACUAUACCGGAAGAACUACGUCUUAACGUCAAAAUGGAACUGAUGCAAGUGCUCCAAAAUGCAAACUACACAGCGACAAGAAAUCAUAAGUUUAUUUAAAUCUGCAAGUUAUAUUCUAAAUAUGUUUGUACUUAGCAAUGUAAGUGUUCCAUUCCAAAUAAAUACAUAUUCCACAAGUUUUAUAUUUA